AUGGCGACGAGUGAAGAAGUGUUUUCGGAUUCUCAAAGAAGUGAAUCGGAAAUAAAUUGUGCUCGUGAAAAAAAUAAAAAAAAGGAAGUGUUUAGUUUCUUUACCGAAACAGAAAUGGAAUGUCUUCAUCACAAUAAAACAGCGACUUCAGAGAGUACAUCUGUCAAGAUAGGAGAUGAAGAAACUUUGAUAACGGAAACAGUAAUUAGUUUCCUAAAAAGCAACACCUUUUCUAGCAUCUUACGCAAGGCAAUAGAAGCAGCCACCGUCUCCCUGCGUGACGAAAUUCGAAGUCUUAAACAAGAGCUUAACAAUGUGAAGAGUUCCAAUGUUGAUAUGAUAAAAAUGUUGACAGAUUAUCCCAAAAAUAAUUUGUUGAAGGUGCCCUCUUUCGAUGUCGAUGUGUUCUCCGAUAUAUCUUCCGAUGGCAUAAACGAUACAAACGAGUGUAAAAAAAAAGUACACUAUAAAACAUCACGCGAUAAGAGUGUCCAAAACCGAUCCGGCCAAAAAACUAAUAAACAGCAGAAAAUUCCGAAGGAUAACAAUAAUAAAUCCGUUUUAGACCCAAAGGUUAUCCCGUUUAUUCCAUCUAAUCCAUCAUUAAACGUAGCAUCGUCGAACAUGGAAAAAAAUGAAAAAAAUGAAGAAAUAUCUUCUCACAACGCCCUAAAUGAUGCCGAAGGUUUUCAAACUGUUGUCUCAAGAAAGAAAAAGCGUAACUUCAUUCGAGAAGUGGAAAUUCUAAAAAUAAAUUGUAUCUGCCUUUGUGAACAUUGGUUGAACCAUAUCGAAAUCGAUAAUAUUCAUGUGCCCGAUUUCAACACGGCAGCAUUUUUUGCGCGGUCUUCAAAGAAGCAUGGAGGAGUCAUGCAGCUGAUGCACCAAAGUAUCCCCUUCAAGAUUCUGUCUGAUAAGGUAUCAGCACUUUCUGCUGAGGUGGAUUGCGAAUUAUGCGGCGUACUUAUCACUAAGUUAGAUUUAAUUUUAAUAACGGUUUAUCGCUCGCCAAAAGGCGAUUUUCAUAAAUUUAUUGAUACUAUAGUCAUUCUUCUUAAUGAAAUUCAUUGCAAAUCUAAAUACGUCAUAGUGGGUGGAGAUUUUAACUUAUUAUUUGGCACUAAUGAUGCAAAAGCCAAUUAUUUUUGUAAUCUUUUGUCUAGCUACGGCUUAUAUUCUACUGUCAGAUUUAAAACGCGUUAUAACAACACACUUGAUAAUGUGUUUACUAAUAUUAAUUCAGAUAUGAUAAAUAUAACACCUGCUAAACUUUAUCAGUCGGACCAUACUGGAAUAUGUGUAAAUGUUACUCUAAAGGAAGCUGUAUUCGAUAACUCAUUUAUCCCUAAAUAUGUAAGGCCCAUCUCACAGUUUGGGAAAAUCAUGUUUUUUAAUUUAUUACAACAAGUUGAUUGGAGUUUCAUUGAUCAAAAUUGCGACUUUAAUGCGUCUGAUUUGUUCUCGAUCUUUAUAGAUACGCUACUAUUGUAUUAUAAUAUCGCCUGUCCUGAGAAGAAACUAUCGUGUAACAGAUCCAAGGUCCAUAAUAUAAUUUGGUAUACCCCUGAUUUAAAAAUCAUGCGAGAAACUCUGCAUCUAAUAUAUAGUUCUUACAGAUUAUAUGGGACUUUGGGUUUGAAAAUAAUGUAUAAUAACUUUAAGCGUAAAUAUGAAGAAGCUGUUAAAAAAGCUAAAAUUGCAGCUAAUAAUGUCUUUAUUAAAAACAAUUCUAAUAAUUCUAAAGCUAUGUGGUCAUUAAUAAACAGAAGUAGAAAACGUACUAUUCAUGAAACUACAAAAAUUUCCUCUAACGAAUUCAAUUUACAUUUCUCGAGCAUUGCUAAAAAUAUUCUUAAUUCCUUACCAAAUACUAAUCUUGAUCCUGUUAAAAUUAUGAUAUCUGUUAAUAACACGUCACAUAUGUUCUUUAAAUUCAGGACAGUUAGUGAGGUACAAGUACGUGAGGCAUUGAAUAAAUUAAAAAAUAAGAGCAGUAAAGAUAUUUAUGGGUUCAAUGUCGACGUUAUAAAAUCAGUAAAGGAUAUACUAAUUGCACCUUUGACCAAAUUAAUAAAUAAAUGUAUUGUUGACUCGGUUUUUCCAGACUGCUUAAAAUUGGCUUUAGUAUGUCCAAUAUACAAAAAAGGUAAUGUCAAUGAAGUUGAUAACUAUCGACCAAUCUCCCUUCUUCCAGUGUUGUCUAAAGUGUUCGAAAAAUUAAUGUUAGAACAAAUCCUUGAAUUCUUUAUUAGUAAUAACUUGUUUUGUACAAAUCAGUUUGGAUUUCGAAAAGGCUUAUCCACUGAAAAAGCUGUUCUAUCUUUUAUUGAUAAUGUCGUUAAAUCCUUUCAAGAUGGUGAAUAUUUUGUGUCUGCCUUUCUAGAUCUUAGUAAGGCAUUUGACUGCAUGUCUCAUGAAAUACUAAUCCGUAAACUUUUUUUUUACAACUUUCAGCCAGAUGCCACUAGAUUAAUUUCAUCGUAUCUUUUGAAUCGAUUGCAAGUAGUCUCUGUUGAUGGUAUAGUCUCCGAUAAAGAACAAAUCGCGUAUGGUGUACCUCAGGGGUCCAUCUUAGGGCCUCUAAUUUUCUUAAUUUAUGUGAACGAUCUGCCAUACUUUUUCCCUGAUUUUUUUACGAUAUUGUACGCGGACGAUACUACUUUUAGUAAAAAGGCAAUGUCAUCUUCAUUAGUAAUAAGUACUCUUAUGAAUAUAUCUUCGCAAGCGGAACCUUGGUUUUUCGCCAACAAACUUUGCGUAAAUAAGAACAAAUCACUUCAGAUG